AUGUUUCCGCGCUCCCGGUGCACCACCCUUGGGUCCAGUAUGCGGUUUUCGCUUGUUGUCCUUCUCUCCGCCGCGACAGCGUUCGGCAGUGCUAUCCCAAGGGACCUGCACCCCCGUGAUGUCCCGGCGGACGAACUGGCGCAGUUCAAGUUCUGGGUUCAGUAUGCUGCUGCUUCAUACUGCCACGACAACUAUGCCUCCAAGGCGGGUCACAAGUUGACGUGCUGGGCUGGUAACUGUCCCCAGGUCGAGGCUGCCGAUACCACGAUUGUGUAUGACUUUUCCAAUACGACCGCCACCGAUACGGCAGGCUACAUCGCCGUAGAUCGCACCAACAAGGCUAUCGUCCUGGCUUUCCGUGGUUCAUACUCCGUUCGUAACUGGAUUGCCGAUGCCGCUUUCCUCUACACCGACCCAUCCCUGUGUGACGGCUGUGAAGGAGACCUGGGCUUCUGGAGUUCGUGGGCGCUCGUUCGUGACGACAUGAUCAAGAACCUGAAUGGCGCUGUGGACGCCAACCCCGACUAUGACCUGGCCGUUGUGGGUCAUAGCUUGGGGGCCGGUGUGGCUACUCUCGCGGCCGCCGAUCUCCGAGGCCGAGGUUACCCGUCUAUCAAGCUGUACGCCUACGCAUCCCCUCGUGUCGCCAACAUCCCGCUGGCCACGUACAUCACUGCUCAGUCGAACAACUAUCGCUUCACCCACACCGAUGAUCCUGUGCCAAAGCUUCCUCUGUUGGCUAUGGGAUACGUCCAUAUCAGCCCUGAAUACUACAUCACCGCUCCCAACAAUGCCAGCGUUUCCGCGAACCAGGUCACCGUGCUGGAAGGGGAGGUGAACUUCAACGGCAAUACAGGAACUGGUAUUCCAUUACUGACCUCGUUUCCCGCUCACCAUUGGUACUUUGAGGAAGCGGAUGCAUGCAAUGGCCCGGGCCUUCCCUUGAAGGUCUAG